GGUGUCGGCAGAUCCCUACGACUUUGACCAGAAGGGCUACUCCGCGGGCACGGGGGGCUUCGCCAUCAUCUUGUCCAGCGACUCCGUGGCCUCCACGAAGAGUCUGUGGAGCGCCCACACCAAGUGGCACCGCCGGUGGAUGGCGAAAAAGCUGGAGGACGAGCUGAAAGCGGAGGUGUGCUUUAUCGAGAUCACAGUGGAUGGGCCGAAGGGGGACAAGUACCUCACGGACCUCGCCGCGUACCGCGGCAUGGGCCUGAAGGAGGCCUCGGAGAUCAUCCAAGACUACCAGGAUCACUACGUGCCGAUCCAAAUGGAUGGCUCGGAAGAUCACACGCCUUUCAUCCACCUGAUGAACUACACGCACAAGAUGGUGGUGAACAAGAUGAUGCGCUCCUUCGUGGGCUCUGCAGUGUGCCACUUUCUCUCCAACCUCCACCCCUUCGAGCACAACAUUUACCUGGCGCGGCACGGGGAGAGCGAGUUCAACGUGGAGGGCCGCCUGGGGGGCGACUCGGGGCUCUCCCGCCGGGGCGAGGAGUUCGCAAGGCGCCUGGCGGAGUUCGUCAAGUACAUUGUUUGCGGCCACGCCAGCGACUUGGUUUGUGUCACCAUCACGGCCGCUGACGUGCCCCAGUUGAAGGACCGCCUCGUGGAGCUCAAGGGGGGUCUGGUGGCCUUUGACAACUGGGAGAACUUCGGGGACUCCAGCGGCGCCGAGGUCCUUAGGCUCAUGCAGCUCAAGCGAAUUCAGGUGGGAUGGGGCACAGACUUCCGGGACGCCCCGGUGACGGCGGAGGAUUUGGAGCGCCUGCUGCAGGGUGCCAAGGUGGCGACCUUGGUCAUGGUGGGCGGGGACACGUCCCAGCCCUCAGGGGUGCCGGGCCGGCUGUGGACCAGCUCCCUGAAGCGGACCAUCGACACCGCGCAGUUCAUCGAGCACCCGAAGCUCGUAGGCCCAGAUGGGAAGGACUUCUUCCAGAUGCGAGGUCGUCAAUUCAGGAACAUGGACGAGGUUUAUGCCGGCGAGUACGAUGGCUUGACUGAGGAGGAAAUCAGAAAUCGAGCGCCCAACGUCAUCGAAGAUCGAAAAAGGGACAAGCUCGGCUUCCGAUAUCCACGAGGCGAGUCCUACUAUGACGUGAUCUCCAGGUUGGAGUCGGUGAUGUCCCAUCUGGAGCGGAUCCAGCAGCCCAUCCUGCUGAUCUCCCACCAGGCAGUGCUGCGGAUGAUGUACGGCUGGCUCAUGCAUCUCAACCGCGAGGAUGCCGUGGGCACCCAGGUCAAGCAGCACGCGGUUUCGAGGAUACAAUUUGAUGGGCUGGGGGGGUCUCCGGCCGAGAAGUUGUUCCCACUGGGCCCAGAGCGACUUCAAGAAGAAUAGCGCUCGACUUCGGGCUACAUGAGUUUUCUAUGGGCCAAACACGGGCCGGCAUACACUGGCCAUGGGGCAUCGAACUUUUUAAAUGCUCAGUUGCCGAAAGCG